CACACACAAAGCCUGGAGCAGCGGCAUGCAUCUGUAACCCAAGUGCUGGGGAGGUAGGGAUAGGAAUCUCCCUGGGCCUGACUAGCCAGUCUAGCCAUAUUGGCAAGCUCCAGGUUUAGUGAGAAAAAAAAAAAGGUGCUUGUGAUUGAGGGAGACAGCUAAUGUCAACCUGUGGCUUCCAUACGUACACACAGUUACACACAUGUCAGUACAUGUCACAUACAAAUACACCACACACAAGGAAUUCUGCAUGCUGCAGCAUGGACAUGAACCAGUGCAUAGAACUUGUGGUUCUCACCAGCCAACAUACAGAACAGGCUUCAACAGGUCAUGGGCUUGGGGAAGAGGGUGUGCUAGAAGAAACUUAUAGUCAGCAUCUAGAUUCAGACCAGAUUUAGGAACCAGCGUUAAUAUGUGUACAAAAUGAGAGCUGGCGAUGUGGCAGAGUAUAGACUUGAAACAACCAGAAGUCUGAAGGACAGAAUGAUGUCUGCCCUGCAUCUUUGAUUCUUUGAGUUCUUUGGAGGUGAGGGGUUAGGAUCAGAGGCAGAGAGUUGUUUAAAAAGGAGACGAGUGUCACUAGGGCAUCGGCGGGCCGAGGUAGGCCAGGGAAAGCUCUCACUUUCAUGUAGAGCCUUGCACCACCACACUCUCUUGAAGAGGGGUCACUUUUAGUGUCCAGGGCAGUGGCUUCUGGCAUUAUAAUGGGCUCUGUCGGCAGUGUGUAAGUAGCAGAGUGUCCUUAUAUGAACAGAAGACAUCGAAAAGAGGGAUCGAGAGGACGGCUGGACGGCUCAGUGAGUAAAGGCACUUUGGACAAGCCUGGUGACCCAAGUUAGAUUCCCAGAACACGUGUGAAGGUUAAGGAAAGAAUGAACUCUCCUCUGAUCUCUACAAAACACCCAUCAUACACACGUACAGACACAGCCUCACACUAGUAAAAAUUUUAAAUCAAUUAAAAAAAAAAAAAAAAGGAAGCAGAGUAAGAAAGAGAGGAAAUGGAUGCUGUAGGAAGGCCCUGACUGACAGGUUUACAAGUGUAUAGGGACCCUUAGUUCUGGCAAAUGCAUGAACUGUGUAGGCUACUGGCGACUGAUACAUUCACAGUCUUGAGUGAUAAUCACAAACAAUUGAAAUUGGAGUUACACUUGUGAAAUUUAUUCUGAGAGAACCGUCUUUAUCUUCACAUUUCAGGAGCUGGCAUGAAGCCUGACACACAACUUCCAAGAAUGUGUGUGUAAAUUGUUUAAUAAAGUUGGAGAAGUAGGGAACACCCCCCCCCCCCAUCACACACACAUAGUGGUGAUUUCUUCCUGGUGUGAUAAGAAUGAAAAAAAAAAAGAGAGAGAGAGAGAAUGAGAAAGAGAAUCAGGAUCUGUACCAAGGAUUCUUCUGGCCGUGUGUGAGGAGGCGUUGAGACAAAUUCCAUGGCAGUUAGAAAGUAAACUGGCUGCCAAGAUGGGGAGGAAGGAACAAGCCAUGACCCUCUACAGUCCUGAGGUCUCCAAAGUAAAAGGGAACCGGAAAUACCAAAGGCCCACCCUUCCUACCGACAAACAAUUGAUGUCAGCCCGGAAGCGGCAGCAGUACGUGGAUCAGGCAUACACCUACACCCGGAUGUUCUGUGGCAGCCUCUCUGGCUUUAGCAUCCUGCUGCUCAUCAUCACGGCCCCACUGAGCUGGGUGCAGUUCCUGGUGACCAACAGUGGCCUUGAGCUCUACGCAGGACUCUGGACCUUAUGCCACCAUGAGCUGUGCUGGAGCCACACACCCAAGCCACCCUAUUACCUCGAAUAUUCCAGGGCCUUGUUCAUUAUCUCUGUCCUCUGCAUGCUUACUGGCCUUGGCUUGCUCUUCAGCUCUUGCCGCCCUGCAAAAGGAAUUGUGUCAGCUGAGUUGGAUCUGAAGGUGUCCAUCCUCAGCUUCUGCUCAGCUUUCUGCUUGUUCCUCUGCCUCAACCUGUUUCUGGCCCAGGUUGAAUGGUACACAAAGAGCGCCAUGGAGUCAGUGUUCCUGUGGGCCUAUUAUCUUAAUUGGUGCAGUGACGUCUUGCAUGUCUGUGCUGGGAUCGUCUCUUUUCUCAACUAUGUAACUUUCCGAUCUCAUCCUCCUGACCCAAGUGUCAGUGAGACCCCACGGCAGAAGUCCAGGCCAGGCUUCGGGCCAGUGCCAACAACAGCCCCCGCUGCCGCUGGAAAGUCAAGUCCUGAGAUGCAAUUUCUAAGUGGGAGAGGGGAGAGGCGACCAAGCAUGAGAGGGGAGAGGCGACCAAGCAGGAGAGGGGAGGGGCGACCAAGUACGAGAGGGGAGAGGCGACCAAGUACGAGAGGGGAGAGACAGCCAAGUACAAGACUGUGAUAGAAAGAGGGAAGGCCAAAUCCUGCUGUCUUACACAUAGAGGUGGGCUAAGUGAGAAAUGAUUGUGCAAAUUCCAUGAAACCUUCUGAUAUCAUGUCCAUAGGAACAUUAAAGCUAGCGAAAUGUC